CAUGCGUAUGGCAUUUUCGGGAACAGCUGCAACCACACUUUCUUGUUUCCUACACCGCGUCCGACGACGACUUUCAGUUGACAGCCAGUAGUUUCGGGCGAUAUAAAGCCGUGACUGUCGGAUUCCCAAGCGGUGCUCUGCUCCUCCGAUACCGGUGAUCCAUAUCAAGUCGCGCUCUCAUGUCAUUCUCUUCGACAACCUCAUCCACAACGGCUGCUAUGGACCGUCAGGCCAUCGCGCAACAAAUCUACGAUGUGUCUCGAUCAGAUGAUCCAUUGGCACCGCUCAUUCUGGAGGCCUUGCACGUCAUCGAGGAGGCGAUAGACACUCACGGGCAGGAACAUGUCUCCAUUAGCUUCAACGGUGGAAAAGAUUGUACAGUGCUCCUCCAUCUUUUCGUGGGAGCAUUGACUCGGAAAUCUACCGAGAUCGCGUUGGGAAAGGCCAUCCCGUCGAUCUAUAUUCCGCUGCCGUCGCCGUUUCCGGAGAUGGAGGCUUUCAUCGAGGAGGCGGUAGCAGCGUACAAUCUCGAUCUGUUCCACUGCCCCCCGCCGGAAGAUUCCCCGUUACCUGUAGAAAGCGUCGUCACGCCGUCUGUCGGGGCGAGCGCGAUUACAGGCCUUUCCGAGUACUUCAAGCCGAGUCAGGGAAUCCCAGUAGGCAAGGCGAAGGGUGGCGAGGGGAUGCGUAGGGCGCUUGACAUGUACAAGGCCCAAUUUCCGCACAUAGAUGCCAUUCUCGUUGGAACGCGAAGAGGCGACCCGCAUGGAGCCAAGUUAGCUUUCCGAAACCCUUGUGAUCCUGGUUGGCCCCAGUUCGAGCGCGUGCACCCUAUCAUUAACUGGUCGUACUCUGACGUCUGGGCAUACCUUCUGAAGUUCAAUGUUCCUUAUUGCCGCCUGUACGACGAAGGGUACACGUCACUUGGAUCGACCUAUAAUACCAAUCCAAAUCCCGCGCUACUCAUACAACCAGUAUGUGAAGAACCGACUCCAUUGGCAUCGAUAGUCGCUACCGCGCCACAGAUAGUUCCACCCCACGCGGCCUCUCACCCUACGCCGAAUGGCACGACUUCACCGUAUCCAUUUGUCGACCCCGCCGUCUCCAUGGGGAUAAUGGAGCUGGUACCGCAGCCGUCAAUGCAGGAUAGGGAGUCUGCAUUGUCUCCUGAGCCAGCAAUACUUGGGCUGGAUCCGGUUGCGAGAUAUAGACCAGCUUACGAGCUGAUCGACGGGACGCUCGAGCGCGCCGGGCGCUUUUCAGGGGCCAAGCCGUCUGGAUAAGAUGGAUGCUUCCUCUACGUGUACUCUUCCAUUAUAGGGAGGCUCCAAAAUGAUUCAUUAGGUCUGUGUCUAUUGCCGUGUCAUAGUGCACCUAUGUAAUGGUGCAUUUACGGAAUUGGACCGUUAUAGAUGUUCUUUCCUGUUCUGGCCUCUAGUAUGUACUUACA